CUCGCCAGAACCCUCUAGGAGGUUACUGAUCAUUUAUUUAUCAGCAUUAUUUUGCCACUGCUCUGUUACAAAUGUGUUAAUUCAUUGAAUCUUAACAACUGAGACACGCGAAUUACAGUCACCCCUGAGGGAUGUAGCUCGUAGGGGGAAGCCAGGAUUUGGAGCUGAUCCCGAGUCUGCAAUUUUAACCCCGGAGCCGCCUGUCUCCCCACAGCCUAGUUCUAUGCAGUACAUUCCUCACCACCUCUGGGGCGUCAGGGGGUCUCAUAUUUUACAGGAACAGAGAAGCCUGGUGACUUGCCUGGGCUCACACAGCUGCUAAGUGACCCAGCAGGGACUCCAGCAUGCUUCUCUCUAACUGCAAGCCUGGGGUUUUUCUCCUUCCCGAAGGAAGAAAUGCAGGAAUUCAGUAAGGAAUCAGGUGCCAAAAAGGAGAUGCCAGCAGGGUCUGGGGGACCACAUUUUACAGCAUCUUGAGAGUGGGGCUUUCCCAGGCUCCUGUGGGGCCCUUGCCUGGGAACAGGAGAGAGAGAGCUGAGGGCUGGCAGAUCGGGAAUAGGGGCAACGCUUCCAGUCUGGAGGGGAUGCCGCCUGGCUGCCAUGGCUGUUUCUGGGCUGAGGCCAGCAAGACGGGAUGAAAUGUGAGCAGGAGCGGGGGCUGGAGGACAGGACAAAGACCAGGCGUGGUGGGAGGGUGGGAGGCAGGCUGCCAUGGGGGAUUCCAGGUCUCUGGUCCCUGGUGGAGGAGAACCCUGGACCGUGGGUGGCCCCAGCCAGCCCGUCCCCAAUGUCUCUCCUGAAGGCCACUCAGGUGCCGUGCCGUGCUUCAGGAAAUCGCCAUUUGAACACAGAGAGGAUGAAGUCCCCAGGGGUCUGGAGUAGGGAGGUAGGGCUUCCCAUGUGAGUUACCAGGAACCCCGGAGCAGGCCCACACAGGAGUGUGGGAGGAGGGCAGAGAGGCCCUAAAAGCAGGCGGGCCCCGGCCCGGCCACUCUCCAGCCUAAGGACAGAGAGAAGGUCUCGCUGGUGAGGAAUCUCAUUCGGGGACUGCUUUGCUGGGGAGUGUUGGGGGAGCAGGGCACGGAGAGGGGGCUGCAAGAGGAAACACCUGGCCACCUGGUGAGGGGAGCAGGGUACAGAGAGGGGGCUGCAAGAGGAAACAGCUGGCCACCUGGUGGGGGGAGCAGGGCACAGAGAGGCGCUGUGAGAGGAGACCCCUGGCCCUCAUGUCUCCCCAACAGAUGGAGGGGAGGUCUCAGCAGCGCCUUCUGUGUGGUGGGGUUUGGUGCUGUUCAUCCUUUCCAGUCCUGGGGGGUCUUGGGGGCUGCUGCAUGUGUACAUGGAAGACCUGCCCCUGCAGUGACCUGGCCACUCCCCAGCCUCCACGUUUUCGUGCUUCCUUCGGGCUGUCUGACUCCACUCUUCCCACCUCUCAUUACUGCGGCCACUGCUCCACUCCAAAAUUAUCCGGCGGCUGUGCUCAUUGCCCUCUGUGGUUGCUUGAUAAAAAUAGCCAACCCCACAUCCUUCUCCUGGGGGCCUGCUUUGGGCUCCAUUGAUGGCCAUUGUCCUGGCCCCUGGGGGAGCUGCUUCAAUGCGUCUGCCAUGUUCUCUGUGAAACUUCUCUUGGAUUCUUUCAGACUCCUUUGCACGGGGCCUUGUGCUGCUCCCUCACACCCACAGCCCACGUCCCAGGGUGUCCUAAAAUGCACCUGGGAUUUUGGUUUUAUUCAGGUAUGAUGAAGCCAACAGAUCGGGAGAUGAUCGCCAUUUAAAAGAUAGUUUGUUACUCACGCUUUCCAAGAGACAGGACACAGCACGCCAUGCAGGGCCACACGAGGAAGCACCAGGCUGAUCAGGAGGCAGAAGAAGUGAGCGAAAGCGUGGUACAGAGUCUUUAUUGUGUUUUCCGCAGGAAAGGCAAGGCAGCGCAGCGUGGAUGGCUUAGGAUUGGCUAGCUUGAAUAAUUUCAGUCGACUCUGGGCUAUAGGGGUGGUCCCUAGGUUUCUGGUCCUUGUCCUUGCGUGACUUCGGGCCGGGGAAAUGUUGGCUUGGAGUGUGAGAGUCAGAUAAAGGAAGUGGCUGGGCACGUGAGUUUCGGAUUGAUUGGUUUGCAUAUGAAAGGCACGCUCAUAGGAGAGUCUUGCUAUCUCUAGGCAGUCGCUAGUCGGGGGAGGGGCUGUCUCUUCCCAGCUCAGCAAGGCCCCCAAGAUGUCAGAGCAUCAUAAAAUAUAGAAAACGAACAACAUAAUUAACACAGAGGGGCUGCUCAGAGGCAGUGGAGUGGAGUCAGUCAAAGGAGUAGAUUCUUAGUCCUGGGCUGAGGCCUUGGGCCACUCACUUCCCCAUCCUGAGCCUCGAUUUCCUCAUCUGUAAAUCAACAGCUGCUGUUCCCUCAUUCAGCAAAUGAGUGUUAAAGGGACAGACGCUGUGCCAGCAGGUGGAACGGUACCCACCUGCCAGGGUUGCUGGUGGGUUUAAAGAGACAGUGGACAGUGUCUGACACAUCGUAGGGGCCCAAUACGUGGUAGCUGGUGUCUUCCUCCUGCUAGAGCUCCAGGAAGAAGCUGAGAUCGAUUGGCGUGGAAGGGCAGGGUCUAGGGCCAUUUUCUUCAGCUGUUUAGAGCCCUCGGCGUGGAGGCCGUGGUGCACAGAACCCUCAGGAACGUUCUUGGAACUCGGAGGAGCUGCUGGACAAAGGAUGGCAUGGAGAGGCCAGCCCAGUGGUCAGGAGCCCUGGGGAGUCAGAGAUUGUGUGUUUGCAGCCAGGCAUUGGGAGGUGCCAGGGGCUCGGGGCAGAAGAGACCACUGCACUCAGGGAUCAGAGAUGGCAGGGCACCGAAGGGGCCAUCCCGGCAGACCAUAGGCCAGCUGAGCAGCUCUGGAUAAACCAGGACUUUGGGAUCCAGAGAGCGAAGGGAAGCAGGCAGCUAUCAGUAAGGAACCUCUGAGAGGCCAAGUUAGAAUCAGGUGCUGGCCCAAGACAUGUGGAAUUUCCUCUGCUUUCAGGAUGUGAUUUGUUUGGAGUGAAGGCCAGUGAUUCAUGUGUUUGCCCAAGGCAGAGGCUGGGGAGGGAAGCUGGGGCCCCCAGGCUCCUCUGCUCACAAGACAGCACAUCCCUCUGGUGGGAGUCUGUGUGGUGCGUGAGGGUCACUGGGCUUGAACCCUGCCUCCACUUCUUACUAGCUGUGUGACUUCUGGCAAGUUCCUUGAGCUCUCUGAGCCUCCAUUUCUCCACUGGCAAAAUGGGAACAACGAUACCCACCUUUCAGAGCUGUCAUGAGCACCCGGGUUCGACUUAUUCUCUAGGUAGACACAGGCCCUGGGGCCCAUGAAAAUGUUAAUUUUAAAUUCUUUUAAAACCAGGAGAAAAAAACGAAUAUAGUAAUGAUGAAUACAUAAUAAUAACUGCAGCCUGGAUUGUAAUUGUUUUUAUACCAAUGCAGUUGUAAACUAUAAUUUCAAAAGAAUUUGUUUUUGGAAGAAGGGGCCUAUGAAAGCAAAAGUGCUUGAGACCCAGAAGAGCCAUGACAAGGCCCUGAAAGCCCCGUCAGGGGGUGGGGGCGGGCGCUGUUCACGCUUCAUUCCAGAGCGCAUACUCAGCCGGCAGUAUUCUCAGCGUCGUCGGGAGAAGAGGCGGAGUCCACCCAGUUUAUGCCCUCAGAACACGGGCCAGAAAGACAUUCUUGAAAACAGGCCCUCAGCACCAUAAAGGAGAUAAAAGGAAUACGAGACUUGGAACAAUCUGUUUCUCUUCUGCACCCCCCGACCCGCUGUACCAGUCGCUCCCUUUGUCCCGUUUUCUUUUCUCCCUGUCAGGUCCUUGCAUCCUUCAUGCAGAGCUGUGUGCAGGUUGUGCCAAUUUCCAUCCCUCGCUUCUUCCCCCAAAUCUCCAUUUAAGAAUCCUGCCCGUUUCUCUGGUUACUUUUGGCCAUUUUUGUGGAGCGUGCAACUGUGUCGGGGGCAUUUGUGGUGAGAAGGUCCUUUCCCAUCUCUACUGGGGACAAUACCCCACAAAUGCCCCUCUGCCCCCAGGGACCCUUUGGAUCAACUCCUUGAGAUUUCUGCCUCAUCUUUUCUGGCUAGGGUUGCCCAGUUAUUGCCCAUCACUCGAGCGUGGGGCCUGGGGGGGAGCAGGGGUGGGGUCUGAAUGGGCCAUGGGAGCAUCUCCUGAUAGACAUGUUAUGGGAUGUGUUUUCUUUUCCAGAAGCCCAGAGAUGAAGGACCUCCUCACGCUGGCUUGGUUCCUGGCUUGCAGUGUGCCUGCUGUGCCAGGGAGCUUGCUGGACCUGAGGUCAAUGAUUGAGAAAGUGACUGGAAAGACCGCCCUGACCAACUAUGGCUUCUACGGCUGUUACUGUGGCUGGGGCGGUCGAGGCACCCCCAAAGAUGGUACCGACUGGUGCUGUUGGGUGCAUGACCAUUGCUAUGGGCAGCUGGAGGAGAAAGGCUGCCACAUCCGGAUGCAGUCCUACAAAUACAGAUUCACACGGGGCCUGGUCACCUGUGAGCUCGGCCCCUUGUGCCAGGUGCAGCUCUGUGCCUGUGACCGGAAGCUUGUCUACUGCCUGAGGAGGAACCUGUGGAGCUACAACCCUCAUUACCAAUACUUUCCCAACAUCCUCUGCACCUAGUCACCCCAGGGAGCCCCUCCCACACCAAGACUCCCUCCCUUCUCCUCCAGCACAGAGCUCACCGACUCUGCUGGGUUCCUGAGACAGGCCCCCAGGUCUCAGACCUCAUCCUUUCUCAGUGGUCCACCAGGCUGGGAGGAGCCCCACGGCCACACUUCACCCUCCAGAGUCCCAGCAGAGUGACUCUGGUUAGAGGACUUGGUAAGGUCAGUGUCCCCAGCCUCCACUUGUGAGGUCAGCCCCCUGGUGCUGAGAGCUCGCGCCUGACUCCAGGCCAGCUGUGUUUCUCCUCGCCCCUGAAGACGCGCCCCUUUUCCAGAAGGAAGACUUUCCCGGGAUGCACUCACAUUUCAGUUUCUGCAGUCGCAUUAUCACUGCCACCCUCUAGAGAAUUUUUACUCAAAUAGAAGCAAAAUUGACUCCAUAAUCUGCCAUAUAGAUAUUAAACUCCUUCUCUAGAUGAAUAGAAAGCACACAGGCAUUUUCCUCUGCUGUGGGGGUUGCCUGUGCUUUUUCUCUGCCACUAUGGCACUAAACCCAAGGUUAACCACGUUCUUUCAGAUGUAGAAGGUGCCGAUUAGCAAAUAAAAGAUUUUCUGGGAUGAGAUUCAAGCCUUCUUUGGGGCUCGUCUCCCUAGCCUUGGGGGUCCUCUCCAGCAAAGCCCUGCAACUCAUUCUUCCUCGAGGGGGUGAGGAGAAGAUGACUGGCAAUUACGACAGCAGCCUGGGGUUCCAGGCCAGAGGGGCUGUCAUUCAAAUUCUGGCUUUGGCUUCUCAGCUGUGUGGGCCCAGGCCCACUACAGAACCUCUCUGACUUUGAGUCUUUUUAAAAAAGAAACUAAUGUUUCUUGCAAUGUAAAAUGGGGAUGUUGAAGCCACCUUGAUGCUGACACGGAGACGCUGAGGUUCUGGGAUUUCACAGAGAGGACAUUUCAAAAAGAAAAAAAAAAGGGUUCAUCUAUGGGGUUUAUUUUUACCAAGUAAGGACAUUUAAAAACCCAACACAUCUCUCCAUUCAUAAAAGAAAGGGCCUUCUAAUACCAAGACUGAAGGAAGACAGGACACGCUCCAAAGCGGAGGGGAGUCCUUUCCAAGAAAGGACCUGUGGCUUCCUUAUGCUGACAAACCCGAAAAUAACCACAUGAUAAAUGGGAUCUUUUUUUAAAACCUCCAAUGUUGAACAUUUUCAGAAUAAAAUUUAAUUUUUUAAGAUUA